CACUACGCUCAUUUUCUUUGUCCCAAUAUUUGUUUUUGACGAGGCAUGACUGCAACAAGUGAAAACGACGAAUCAUUUAGAGAAGCAGCGUGCAAUGGUGAUAAAGACUCGUUGAAUAAACUUUUGGAGACCUAUUCUAUCGAUGUCAAUUCUCAGAAUCCAGUAAACGGGUGGUCUGCGCUACACUGGGGGUGUAAACGAAACCACAAAGUCGUUGUCGAAUUUCUUUUGCAAAAAGGUGGAAAUAAAGACUUACUUACAACAAAAGGAGAAAAGCCUGUAGAUUUAACAACAAGUGAGGACAUAUUUAACCUACUUGGUGGUUCUGGAAAUCGCAUAGCAAUCCUAAAUAAAAACGAGUCAAAUUUUACGCCAAAUUAUCUUGCAAAUCCAGCAUUUCCUUAUACACAACCAGUUGCAGAUCUAGGUAGCACAAAUCUGAACGGACUUCAUACUGAACAAAAAAGUGUAGAAGUGAAAACUAUAGUACCAACCAUGCAAGGUUUAAAUGAGAAUGAACUUGUUCUGAAAAUAAGAGUUGCAUAUAUAGAUGAUCGUGAUUUUAUUGAGGUCGAAAUGGAUAAAUCAAAUUUGACAUUUGAAUCUUUAAAAUCAGUCAUGUGUAAAGAAUUGGGAAUCGAAAGAAGAUUGAUAAACAAGAUCAGAAAAUUGCCGAAUACAAUUUUAAGGAAAGACAAAGAUGUUCAAAGGUUAUGUGAUUUUCAGGAACUUGAAGUAGUCCUGACAAAUAAAGUGCCACCAGCUGGUGCAGGGAUGAGAGGAUUAGCAGCUCCAAUCAAAAAUCAAGAAGUUCUUUAUUGACAGUCACGACAUUUACUAAUUUUAUAUUAAUGCUAGAGCUAUAUUGUAAUCUAUGUACAUGAUGUAAAUGUACAUGUAUGGUCUUUCUGUUUAAUGUUUUAAUUUACAAAGUAAAUUUACAUAAGGCAAAAAAAAAUAUAUGUCUGUUAACGGUUACCCGACCGACCCUACUUUUGAGCGCGGACCCUAAGUCAUUUUAUUUCUGUCGUAAAGUGAAAAAUAAACUCAACUUGUGUCAAAAGCGAAGUUAGUGUUGCAAAUAAUAUAAAUCAAUUGCCUGAUACAUCCCAAUGUUCACAAUCGUGAAUAUGACAGCUGUUUUAAGAAAAUUCGCAACUCGUGUGAUGAAAUAAACACUUUGCCGCCAUUUUUUUCCAACCAAUUACCAAGGGAAAUAAUCCAAUCAUUAAAGGUACGGGUAAACUCGGCCCAUGAUCAACUCGGACCACGACAAGACAAAACGGCAUGACUCAAAAUCAUGUCACAAAAAAUAAAAUGAAAAAAUAAAAUAAAAUGGAAAUAACGACCUACCUACCCUAUUUUUUUUAAAGUACAUGUAUGUAACCUUAAACAAACAUAUAUUUUUUUUUGGCCUAAGAGGGUAAGAAUUAUUAAAAUGAUAUUAUAUGCAUGAUAUGUGAGGUAGUAAAAAGGUUUACCGUUGGUUACAAUUUAUAAUUUGUAAAUACAGGUGUAUCAUGAAUUUAUAGUACAAAUGUAAGGCUUUAGAAUAUGUAGAAAGCAAAUAAAAUUUUAAAAAAUCUU